CGCUCAGGGUGGUGUGUUGCCUAACAUCCAGGCCGUGCUGCUGCCCAAGAAGACCGAGAAGCCCGCGAAGGGAAACAGCGACUGAAGUCCUCUGAAGCAAUGGCAAGAACAAAGCAGACCGCUCGUAAGUCCACCGGAGGAAAAGCUCCGAGGAAGCAGCUGGCAACUAAAGCGGCCCGUAAGAGCGCACCCGCUACCGGUGGCGUUAAGAAGCCUCACCGUUACAGGCCCGGUACCGUGGCGCUGAGAGAGAUUCGCCGUUACCAGAAAUCCACUGAACUGCUGAUCCGCAAACUGCCCUUCCAGCGUCUGGUGAGAGAAAUCGCCCAAGAUUUCAAGACAGACCUGCGCUUCCAGAGCUCGGCUGUCAUGGCCCUGCAGGAGGCGAGCGAGGCUUAUUUGGUGGGUCUAUUUGAGGACACCAACCUGUGCGCAAUCCACGCCAAGAGGGUCACCAUCAUGCCCAAAGACAUCCAGCUGGCCCGCCGCAUCCGCGGAGAGCGCGCUUAAAUCCACCGCAUUCACACAGACCAAAGGCUCUUUUAAGAGCCAACCCAAUUUCUCCAAAAAGAGUUUAGGUUAUUUUAUUUGCUUUAUGAAAACGUGUGUUGGAUACAGAUCUGCUGAAAUAAAUAAAAUUGUCGUAACGAGUUUAACAACCAA